CUGAUGGAGAAAGUCCACAGAGAAGACAAAUACAGGGAGAGAGAGAUGGAAAGAAGCGGAGCACGCUGAUGUGUUUGCAACAGAGGUCAAGCUCCCAUCUCUCGGAGAACACGAGUGCCAUUUCAAAGCUUAUUGGAUGAAAGGCUCAUUUGCCCUUGGCUGCCAAAGAUGACGUUGCCAUGGAAACAGCUUCUACUGUUAUCAAUCAUCGACUGUCUGGCAGAUUGUCUGGACAGUGGACCAUACCAUGGUCCAAGAUGGCGAAUGGAGCCAGGUGACCUGUUUAUUCCUGUUGACUCCAUUGAAGAAGAAGCUACUCUGACCUGUGAUGCUAAGGGAACACCACCUCCUCAGUACAGAUGGUCACUGAAUGGGACUCUCAUAAAUCUGGGCCUGGAUCGCCGGCGGCGUCUGUCUGGGGGCAACCUCAUUAUAAGCAGUCUGGACCGCUACCAGGACGUAGGGAUGUACCAGUGUAUGGCGUACAACACUGUAGGAGCUAUCCUCAGCAGGAGAGCAAGUCUGCAGUUUGCCUACUUAGAUCAUUUCAAAGUCCACACCAGAAGUGCAGUGUCAGUCCGAGAGGGACAAGGAGUGGUGUUACUUUGUGGAACGCCCACUUCGUCAGGAGACCUUACUUAUGCAUGGGUCUUCAAUGAGUACCCGUACUUUGUUCAACAAGACAAUCGGCGUUUUGUCUCCCAGCAGACAGGAAACCUUUACAUUGCCAAGGUGGAGCCCUCUGAUGUGGGUAACUACACUUGCGUAGUGAUGAACAGCAUCACAAAGGGCAAAGUUCAUAGCUCACCUACGUCUCUGAUCCUCAGGACAGAUGGAGUGAUGGGUGAAUACGAGCCGAAAAUAGAAGUUAAUUUCCCUGACAAUGUACCCGCCGCAAAAGGAUCAACAGUUACGCUGGAGUGUUUCGCCCUUGGGAACCCUGUCCCAGAAAUCACGUGGAAGAGGGCUAACGGCGUCCCCUUCCCCAGCAAAGUCAAAAUGAAGUAUUCAAACGCCGUGCUAGAGAUCCCCAGCUUCCAGCAAGAUGAUACAGGAGGAUACGAGUGUGUGGCUGAGAACAAGAUGGGCAAGAACACAGCCACUGGUCGACUGGCCUUCUAUGCCAAGCCUCAGUGGAUUCAGGCCGUGAAGGACACGGCCCUGGCCAUAGAGGAGAGACUAUACUGGGAGUGCCGGGCUAAUGGGAAGCCCAAACCCUCCUACACGUGGCUGAAGAACGGCCAACAGCUACUCUCAGAGGACAGAAUCCAUGUGGAGGACGGAGUCCUGUCAGUGUCAGUGCUGACACUCUCUGACGCCGGCAUGUACCAGUGUGUGGCUGAGAAUAAACACGGCGUCAUAUAUUUUGCUGCUGAACUAAUGGUUUUAGCUUCUCCUCCAGACUUCACAGGGAAUGUCCUCAGAGCUUUGCUCAAAGCCAAAGCAGGAAGUACAGUGACUUUGGAGUGUAAACCCCAGGCCUAUCCCAUCGCCAGUAUUUUGUGGAAGAAAGGAAACCUUCCCAUCCACACCAAUGACAGGAUCACACUUUCCCCAGAUGGAACGCUGAGGCUUGCUAACGUGAGCAAGUCUGAUGCAGGCAGUUAUACGUGCUUCGCUAGGAAUAGAUUUGGCAUGUCAAGUACAACUGGAAGGCUCCUUGUUACCGAUCCAACCAGAAUCACCCAGGGGCCAGUGGACAUGGAGAUCAUUGUGGGCGAGAGCAUCGUGUUACCCUGUCAGGUCGCCAGUGACCCCGUCCUUGACGUUUCUUUCUCCUGGGCCUUCAACGGACAGCUCAUCGCCAAGGGAGACGGUCACUUUGAGCUAGUGGGCGGGAGAACAGCAGGAGAUCUGAUGAUCAGGAAUAUUCAGCUUUACCAUGCUGGCAAAUAUAUCUGUGUGGUGGACACGGACGUGGAGAGCCUGUCAGCCGUGGCUGUAUUGAUUGUGAAAGGCCCCCCCAGCCCUCCAGACUCUGUGACGGUGGAGGAGGUGACAGACAGUACGGCCCAGCUGGCCUGGAGCACCGGCAGAGACAACGGCAGCCCCAUCACCAAUUACCUCAUCCAGACCAGGACUCCCUUCACUGUGGGCUGGCAGAGGGUUAACACAGUCCCCGAGAUAAUCGAUGGGAACACACUCACAGCUACUGUAGUGGACCUCAAUGCCUGGGUGGAGUAUGAGUUUCGGGUUUUGGCCAAAAACAGUGUUGGGGUUGGAGAACCCAGCCCUGUGUCAGUCAAGACCAGGACAGAGGACGCAGGUCUGUGUUGUAUAGUUCCUGAUGCAGCACCAGGUGACGUGGGUGGAGGAGGUGGAAGCCGAUCUGAACUGGUCAUCACAUGGGAGCCUGUCCCCGAAGAACUACAGAAUGGUGAAAGCUUUGGUUACAUCAUUGCUUUCCGCGCCUUCGGAGAAGUUAGCUGGACUCACGUGGCCACCUCUGCCCCCGGCGCAUCGCGCUAUGUGUACCGCAACGACAGCAUCGCGCCCUUCUCUCCAUUUCAUGUCAAGGUUGGCACUUACAACAGCAAAGGACAGGGUCCCUUCAGCCCCGUGGUCACCAUCUACUCUGCAGAGACAGAGCCAAGUGGGAUGCCAGCAGGAGUUUGGGCCAGAAGUGUCUCAGCCUCUGAGAUUGAGGUGAAUUGGCAGGCUCUCUCCUUCACCCCUGAAAGGGUUCUGGGCUAUGAGGUAGUGUACUGGGAAGAUGACACUAAACCAGAGACCAUGGGGAAGGUUAGGGUGCCUUGGAACCAAACCUCAGUCACAGUGGGCGGCUUGGCAGGAAACACACAGUAUUUCUUAACAGUCAGCGCCUUCAACACAGCAGGCACCGGCCCCUUCCUCCCUGCAAUCAAUGUCACCACAAAAAAGCCACCGCCAGCCCAACCACCGCUGAAUGUUGAAUGGACCCUAAUUGGCUCUCAGCUGUCUCUUUACUGGGAACCUGUGGUGGCGAUGGAAUCAGAGUCAGAAGUUACAGGCUACCAACUGUCAUACAGGAGACAGAGACACAAAGAGGUAAAAACACUCACAACAGCCAAUUCAACAGCAGAGCUGACCCUCCCAGAGGACGACGAUGACGACUACAUCAUCCAGGUUCAGACUCUGAGCGAAGGAGGGUUGGGCCCGGCCUCGGAUCCCAUACGAAUCCACCAACUAAGUAUGAGUGCCCGUGGCUCGAGAGCCUGGAGUGUGGACACCUCCCCCCUCUCUCUGCUCCUUGCCAUCGCAAUAUCAACAUUCAGGUCAACGUCAUGACACAAUGACAAACUCUGCUCUGUUUUUCAACCUUCUUAUUGGUAUUUUUUUCUUUAAUUCGUGAAAGUUGCUGAGUUCUUUUUUUUCCUCUCUUGUUUUUGGAGGUAACCAUACACUAUUUUGCAGUGUUAGUUUGCGGGUAUGAGGCAGCACUAGAGUGGAGAGUGCUGUCAGACACUUAAUUAACAGUAAAUGCUUUUUUUUUUGGGUAGGUCUGUUUUGACAUUUUUGCCGGUUGGGAACAAUGCUCCAUUUCAACUCUUUUUUCAAAUGAUACAGAUGCCUUACUUCCAUUCAUGUGCCAAAGUAGUUUCAGCCUUCUUGUUGUUAUUGCUAAGAUAGCUACAUGCUUUCCUCAACAUUUAAUUCCUCACAGUUUCUUGAAGGUCUCAGUGAACUUUGCGGAGGGUCGUGAUGAGAAGUUGUAUUUUUGAAUAUUUUCAGUUUUCCUCUCCACAUGUGAAUUGGUGAGUCAGAACAUUCAUUCACCCAUGGCCGUGCCUUUGGAGAUUCUUGUAACACCGUCACUUAUAGACACUAGUCAGUGAUACUUAGUGUUUCAGAACAUACUGCAACCACCUUCAUCUUUACGUGCUCCAUAAAAAAGUUGGUUGUGUUCCAGAUGAAACUCGUAAAACAUUGCCAGUGUUAGCCAUUUACCUUUUAUCAUUUGAUUGUGGAGAGCUGAAUGUACCAUGAGGGCUCCUCCAGGUUUUAAUGCCUCAGACCAGUUAUUGUUAUAGCUCGCUAAUUGAUGGAUUGGACUUAACUCUGCUUUCACAAAGAUUGCAUCUGCCUGUAGACAGCAGUAGUGAGAGAGGUAUACAACUGCCAGUGUAUUUCCUUCCACACUAAUGUUGAAACAAUCAGUCAAUCGACAGAAAAUAAUCAACAACAAUCAUUUAAGUCAUUUUCUGGGAAAAAUUCCAAACAUACCCAAUAAGGUGUGUGUUCGAUUGCUAUUUAUUUAUCUCCAAGGAAUCCAAUCUGAAGGGUAUUAUCUCGCUUUAUACCAUGGCCACAUGCCAACAAGCUGCUAAAUGUCAUCAAAAUAAACCAAAAAACACCAUUUUCUGCUAUUACAGUAACAACAUGAAAUGCACCAUUCCUUCUGUAUCUUAGAAUUCCUGCUGCUUGCAUUGAUAGGCAACAUGCAGCUAAGCACCAAACAGACUGAUGCUACGAAGGGGAACGUUUCACAAGGCAAUGCUACGAGUUGUAGCCUGGUUCCAGACCUUCCAUAGAAUGAAGUGAAACAAAAUGGAUAUGCAGUCUGAUUAUCCCGCUGAGGGAGAGUCAAAAUCCCCACUAACUGUAAAAUCAUGUUGAAAGGAAUAGUUCCACAUCUUGAGAAAGCACUUAUUCGCUUUCUUGCCAAGUUAGAAGAGAAGAUUGACACCACUCUCAUGUCAGGAUAAUUGCCAAGCUAGAGCCAAUUAGCAUAAAGUCUGUAAGCAGGGGAAACAGCUAGUCUGUCUUAGGGUUGCCAAUCAUCCCAUAGUUGGGCACUAAAAGAUGUGUUCCGUAUUGAACUGAGACAGGACGCGCCUUUCAGUAUGUUUGAGAAUAAAUUCAGUGCAAGUCUAUGGGAGACAAAUAUGAUAGGUUAGACUAUUAAUUGAUAAAAAGGAAACCCUCCUGCUCUGUUAUCCCUCGGCCAGUCUGUUAUGUUAUGUUCCAUUACCCAAACAGAGAAUGUAAGUGACAGUGUUGCUACGAUACAUCUGACAGCGGUACAGAUAUGACUUCCUCAAAGAAUCCAAAAAUACAUUUAUUAAUCAGAGCACUCACAUAACAAUUUAUAAGAACUUAAUAUGUUUUGAGUUACUGAACUAUUGCCUGUCAAAAUCAGCAGUGGGAGGCACGUAAACAGCUGUUUGUGGCUUGCAGAAGCAAUGCAAGUCGGACCUGCAGCCCGACACGUAUUACGCAAGUUGCCGGCGGAGAUCAGCACAGAGACUGGAACUUUGGUGCUUCAGUUUGGCCAAGGACACUGUUGGCCCAACUUUUGAUUUUGCCUAGAGCCUCAGUUGAGCAUGGGAAGGUACUGGCCCGUUUCGUGUUAAUGAAGCUGACAUAUGUGGUGAUAUAACAUCACUUACUGUUUUAAACGUAACUUACAGGAAGUUGUUCCUUUACAACUUGUGUAUUUUGGGGAUUUUCCAAAAUUAAUUUAAUAACUUUUGAUCAUAAGGGUCCAUAGAUUCUGUGUAAAAUAUUAUAGGUGGAAAUGGGAGUGGUCUACAUCACGAGAUGCAGCUCAACUCAGGGAACAUGUGGAAAUAAGGUUUUUACAGAUGUGGGACAUACUAUGUGGGAGUUACGGGCUUCACCGCUGGUACUGGGAUCCAUACUGCCUUGCAUGCGUGGCCCCCAGCCCGCUGGGCUUGGACCCCUAAUAAUACACUGAAGUUAAUAGUUUCUAGAAUUACUGUGACUUUUUUUUCUUUUGACAGAAGAUAACUCUUUUUCCUGCUUCCAGUCUUUGUGCUAAGCUAGGCUUAAAACAUCAUGGACCUAUCUCUGUAUUGAACACACACAUUAAAAUUUCCCUUUGAGUAUGUAAAACUCACCACUGGUAGGCUUGAGAGGUGGCUCUUAAAAGUUUGCAGCAUGCUUCUUUGUAGCAGAUGGCAGUUAGAUUACAACAGUAACAGUACAGCACUGUAACAACAGCCAUGGCAUGCCAAAAAAACAAAAUCAAAUGUGCAGCAUAAUCCACUAGGCUAUUUUGCCAUAAAUAUGUUCACAAGUACGCCUACCAUCAAGCUCACUAUUUAACACGUUUUAUCUUCUUUGUUGAAUCUGUAAGGGGCAAGUAUACUAAAUCAGAACUGAAACAGCUUCUGGGGGGGUUCCUAAAACCAAAGUAAGCAGGGAUUGAACUUCUCUCUCUGUCAUUUUUACACAUCUAUGUGUUUACAAAUGAGUACACUAUAAAUGCACAGACAUCAAAGUUGUAUUGAUUUUCUCAUCUUACGCUCAGCAAGAAAGCGAAUAGGCAUAUUUCCCUGCACUCAAAUCAUGCAGUAACACAGUCAAAAUACAAGAGUAGAGAAAAGGAUUAGUUUAAUACUUUUUGAGCGUGAAAAGUCAGUCUUCACCUAUAGUUUCAGGUUCCUUAUGUCAGUCAUGUCACUUCAGUUGUGAAACCAAGUCCUGAGCAAACUCCAUUUGCUCGUGAAAACUGUGGGAUUUGGCUGAAAGAUCAUUUCAAAAUGUUAUAUUUACCUUGACUUAAGAUAAUUUUGUCAAAUCACUUAAAUAGUGGUGCAUUCAUUUAUAAUAGUAAAUAAACGCCUGUGUCAGAAGGUCUCUGGUUGUUACCAGACAUAAAAGGACACCUGCCAGCCAAUCAGAAUUCCAAAUUCUCUGUGGCCAUGGUGUAAUAGCUGUGGGUUUUGAACAGUUGGUCGGACAAGACAAGACAUUGGUAAACUGCACCUUGGGCUAUGGGAUAUUGUGAUGUGCAUUUUUCUCCAUUUUUUGACAUUUUAUAGACGCAUCGUUUAAUUGGAAAUAAUCAUUAGUUGCAGCAGUAGUCCACGUCCAUCUGGGAAACACAUAGGAGUCGUGCCAAUCAACAUGCAUCAUCAGCCAUUGCAGUGGAGACGAGGGGUUUAAAGUGCUGCCAAUUGUGCCAGUCUGAUAAUUGAAAUCUAGCCACCAGCUUAGACAUUAUUUGGCAAAAUGUAUGGUCAGCUGUGUUCUAAUACUUUGUGAAUCUGUCCUUUCUUGUCAGUUGUAUUGGCUUUUUAAUGUGGUAUGUGUUGUCAUUGUUUAUUUAUAUGUUUCAGCGAAACCCCACUGCUCAGGUAUUCAGACCUGCUUCACCAUACCUUUCAAUAGCACUAAAGUGGCAGGAGCAGAUAGAUCACAAAUCUGUCAGCACGACACAGGGGUCUAUUUAACAGUCUGACUUGACGAAUGGAAAGCCUGAUAUGUGCCAUGGUUUAGCAGACAUUCAAAUAUCUUAGUAAAUUAGAGCAGGCCUGGGGGGCUUCAAUGGGAAAGGGCAUAGGAGUAAUGGUACUAAUGACACCCACAUAAGAUUAAUAUAUCAGAAUUUAGAGAGGACUAAAUCAGGACAAUCCCAUCAAGAUGACACCAGGAAGAUUCAAGGGUGUGUGCGUGUCCGUGUCCGUGUGCGUGUGCGUGUGCGUGUGCGUGCGUGUGUGUGUGUGUGUGUGAGUGUGUGUGUGUGCUUGGUUAUUACCAUACCCUACAGUGUAAUGGACAACUGAAGGCAAUUCCACUAUUUGUUAAAUAAAAAAAAGAACAAAAGUUUAAACUCAUUACUUGUACUUAACCAUGGUUCAGGGCUUUGGGCAACUGAAGCAUUGUGGACAUUCAAAUAGAGUAACACAAGGUCGAUAUGGGAGGUAGAAAAACCAAGUUUAAUACAGGGAGGAGUUGAAAUGUCUUAUUUUUCUAUCAAAUAGCAAUGGAUUGCCAAUGUAAAGGAACAAAUGGGGAAAAAGCUCCAGAAUCCAAGGCCAGGUCAGGUGCAACUUGCAGGACAUAGUUUGUAUUAAAUGUAGAAAAUAAAAGGUUCUCUUCCCACGACGAGUGUUGAUAACUUUCUGAAAGCUGUCUUUGAAUCUUGUUAUGUUGUUUUUGUGGCUUUACGUGUGGUUAAUCUGUAUGCAUUCUUUCAUCACAGAAUGUUAUUGGUAAGCUAACAGAUGUUUACACAGGACAUGCAUCUUUCUGGCUGAUUUAUUGAUAUGAACGUUAUGAGCGAUAUGAACUGAAAAAAGACGACAUUACACAGCUUAUGAGCUUGUGUCUUGGGUACAUAAAAGCAUUGCCAACCUCUUUGUUUUGUAACGUAUCAGUACUGUGGAGAUUUUGAUUUUGACAUCGAUUUUCUCUUUUUUUUUUCAAUGUUUGAUAUGGUUCCUGAUUGUUCAAUUUAAUUUGUUUUGUUGCUAAACUUCUGCACAAAGGUCAAGUGUUGCUUUAAAAUAACAAUUAAGAGCCAGUGUUGGCUAGUUCAAAAGCCAGUGCAAUGAGAAUUCUCUUGUCUUCAUACUGUAUGCUGUACAUACAGUAUUGUAGGUAUUUUGUUGUGAUUUGAAGCAACGCCCCCAACUGGGAGCCCAAACUGUGGUGUCCUACUUCCAAUUGUAAUUCUCAGUCAUACCCAGAAUCUAAAAAAUACAGGAGCAGAGAGUAACAUUUCUUAGCAGCUGCUACCACACAUUGCCUUUUGGUGCAAUGACACAAACACUACCUGUUACAAGGUAAGUGUGCACAGCAGAUGAUACUAGUAGUAGUACUAUCAACAAGUAAGUCUUUUUAUACCAACACAACUUUACAAUUUUCUUGCUACUUUCAAGAUAAGAAAAGGCAGAAUUUAUCAGAACAUGAAUAAAUGAGUUGCCCAAAAUUUGUAAUUCCAUAAAGCUGGGUGAAGAAAUGCAGCAAGAGCUCUGGGUGACAACGCUUGGCCUUUCUGUUGUGACUCCUCAGUAAUUUGAUGUCCGGGUGAUCUCCGUGAGAUCGUGGCGGUAAUGUUUUCACAUUGAAAAGUCAUCAGCUGAUCUUGAUAUGCUGAAGCUGUGCAUGUAUGAUAUUGUUUGGUGCAUUUGUGUUUUUUAAAUGAAGGAGUUAAUAAAAACAAUUCACUGAG